GUCUAAUGAGCUGUUUAUAUCCAUAAACUUUUCUUUUUCACACGAUCAAUUCAGCUUCAUUACCAGUUCAUUCCUUCAUGUCUUCUUCUAACUCUUCUAAUGGAGAGGCUGUCAUCCUCAAAGACCGUGCUCAGGCCUUGGCUCAUUACCCUCAUGCUCGCACCGUCAACGGCAUGAUCUACGUUUCCGGCAUCUCCUCCCGACGACUCGAUAAUACAUAUGAGGGUGUUACAGAGAGUGCAGAUGGUACUUUUGAACUCGAUAUCAAGGCGCAAACCAAGGCCGUCAUUGAAAACAUCAAUGUAAUUCUUCAAUCGAAGGGCGCAUCUCUGAAAAAUAUUGUCGAUAUGACCGUCUUUCUUACAAAUAUGAAGGAUUAUGGUGCAAUGAACGAGGUUUAUAACCAGUAUUUUGAUGCAGAAGCAGGUCCUUCGAGAACGUGUGUCGGUGUGCUCUCUCUACCUUCUCCCAAGCUUCUCAUCGAAAUUAAGGCCAUAGCUUUGGCUCCUACAAAUUAAUCUCAGAAAAACAUACAUCGAACAUUUGAAUGUUUAAAAGUAAAAGAAAACAAAACUCUUAAAUAGG